CGGCGGGUCCGCCCAGUUCCGUUCCUGCUCCGCUUGAGGAGAAGCGCGAAGCGCGCGUGGGGACGCUACAGCAAUUACUUUGCUGUCCUUCCUCUCCUUCGAAGAUGACAAGGCCUACCAUCCUUUUUUCCUGCCUUUGGGCCGUCAGGCAGUUGGUUGGGACACGCUCCAACCCCCGGUUCUCCCUGCAAUACAGUGGAUACAAUUUGUCAUGGCUACUCUGAGUGUUAUAGGUUCAAGUUCACUUAUUGCCUAUGCUGUAUUCCAGAAUAUACAGAAAUCUCUAGAGAUAAGACCACUUUUUUAUCUGAGCUUCUGUGACCUGCUCCUGGGACUUUGCUGGCUCACGGAGACACUUCUCUAUGGAGCUUCAGUAGCAAACAAGGACAUCAUCUGCUAUAACCUACAAGCAGUUGGACAGAUAUUCUACAUUUCCUCAUUUGUCUACACCGUCAAUUACAUCUGGUGUUUGUACACAGAGCUGAGGAUGAAACACACCCAGAGUGGACAGAGCACAUCUCCACUGGUAAUAGAUUAUACUUGUCGAGUUGGUCAAAUGGCCUUUGUUUUCUCAAGCCUGAUACCUCUGCUAUUGAUGACACCUGUAUUCUGUCUGGGCAAUACUAGUGAAUGUUUCCAAAACUUCAGUCAGAGCCACAAGUGUAUCUUGAUGCACUCACCACCAUCAGCCGUGGCUGAACUCCCACCUUCUGCCAACACAUCUGUCUGUAGCACACUUUAUUUUUAUGGUAUCGCCAUUUUCCUGGGCAGCUUUGUACUCAGCCUCCUUACCAUUAUGGUCUUACUUAUCCGAGCCCAGACAUUGUAUAAGAAGUUUGUGAAGUCAACUGGCUUUCUGGGGAGUGAACAGUGGGCAGUGAUUCACAUUGUGGACCAGCGGGUGCGCUUCUACCCAGUGGUCUUCUUUUGCUGCUGGGGCCCAGCUGUCAUUCUGAUGAUCAUAAAGCUGACUAAGCCACAGGACACCAAGCUUCACAUGGCCCUUUAUGUUCUCCAGGCUCUAAUGGCAACAUCUCAGGGUCUACUCAACUGUGGAGUAUAUGGCUGGACGCAGCACAAAUUCCACCAGCUAAAGCAGGAGGCUCGGCGUGAUGCAGAUACCCAGACACCAUUAUUAUGCUCACAGAAGAGAUUCUAUAGCAGGGGCUUAAAUUCACUGGAAUCCACCCUGACUUUUCCUGCCAGUACUUCUACCAUUCUUUGAAACUACAAUACUGGAACAUCCAGGAACUGGAGUUAUUCUACGCUAAUGGAUUGGAAAGAAUGUUGGGAAAGGACAUCUUAAAUCUUUUCUAACUAUGCCCUACACUGCAGAACUCAAAGGAAAUAUAGUGCCAUUGUUAGUAGUCAUUCUAGGUGAAUUGGGAGUAUCUCUCCAGUUAUUCCCAGAUUCACUAGUGAUCCUUAAAGUCUCUGUUCAGGGAGAGGAAGACACUUUCCAUCUCAGAGAUAGACUCGUGUUACCUUGAUGGAUAUUAGAUUUGUCUAAGUCUAUUCUAGAAAAAAUAAAUUCUAGAUUAUUAUUUA